AUGGCCAUGUUUGCAAAGCGUAGUUUUCAUGAUCUUGAGCCUCAGACGGGUCUCAAAUUCUUAAAUCCCUCACUCGGAGAGGACAAUACGCUGAAAGAUCGAUUGAGAGAGGAGAUUCAAAUAUGCAAUAUCGAGAUUGAGAGGCUGGAGAUAGAGGAGAAGAUUCUGAGGAUUAACGAAAGGAUUCAACGGUUGGAGAAUCCCCGGGAGGAGGAUUUGGAGGGAACAAUGAGCUUGAUGGAGCAUGUUGAUGUCAAACACUCCCGGACGGGACUCGGGGUUGACGAGAGGGAGCGACGAUUCAAAGCGAGAGCAGCGAAGCAGCAAGAGAUCCAGCGGGACUUGAAAAGGAAGAUCGAUGACGUGAGUCGCAGAGAUUUCCAGGAUCGCCAAAGGAGUUCUUGGCAGGCUGGAAAGAUAAGUCGUGACUACAAAAAGGCCGCCUCGGCGCUGGCUCAACUCGAGGAGCUUGCUGGAAUUUCGCGAGGAGAAGUCAAGAGAGAAGAUGACAAUGGAGACGACGACAAAGAGGAGGAGGAAGACGAGGUUGUGGUGACAGAAGAGGACUUGAUGAGAAUUGUAGAGGACUUGCGGAGGCGAUUUUUCUAUUGCGUCUACUGUGGAUGCAAGUAUGAUUCCGCAGAGGAAAUGGAGGGCUCGUGUCCGGGGCUUGACGAAGAUGCUCACUAGCGACAUGGUCGCAGCCACUUUUAGUUUUUGCUCUCUGGCAGCACACUUGAUUGUCAAAAGGCGAGAGACAUGCCAUCGACCGAUGCCCCCACCAGGCCGACGCUGAUGCAAACAACAGUAAAGUUGGCAUUACGCCAAAGCAAAAUAGAAGAAGAAGAAGGAUUGAGAAUCUUCGCAGAGACUCCAAAUUUUGCUGAUGGAGAGUUCCAUCGAUCAAUCACAAACAGAGAAAAGAAUGCAAGCCUUUUUGGAAGGAGGAGCUCGCCAAAGGAACAGAAAAGAUUCGUUGGAUCUACGCCAAGUGUCGGUGCUUGCUAUCCUUGAGUCACACGUCGGCCAUGGCAGCAAAGCUUUGUUUUUUUCUUCGUGAUAGGAGAUUUUACGAUCCCGGGACGCGACUGUAGUGUACGUGGAGUUUUUACUUCCUCGACUUCCAAGUUUUUUACAGUUCCCAGGUUUAUGAUUCUUGGUAAAGGCUGCAGUGGCUUUGUACGCUGUGUUCGUAGACGAGUCAGAGUCGGGAGACAAAGAUCGGUGAUGCUUUGAUCGAUCGAUCGCUCGCGCUGGCCUGGUGACUUUUACCACGUAAGAGAUUUCCAGCAUUCAUUCACUUGUCUUGCUUUGGGCUUGUAGCCACCAAUCGCGAGUUCUUUUUGCUUUUUUUUUUGGCUCUCUAGAGCCCAGGCUUUCGGGUCACGAGACGCUUAAAAAAAUGGUGGAAAGAGAAAGAGACUCGUGGAAGAAAGAAGCGAUGUCUUGCGAGAAAUUAGAAACCCAGAACCUUGGGAAUGUCUAAAAA